AUGGGCGCAGGCGCGGACUCGAUCCAGAGGCAUGGCACUGCCCCGCUAUCUGACCACAAUUCGAAUAGCACGAACCAGGCGAUGUUCAGUUGCAUGACUGGCUUGGCCGGAGAAGCCGCUGACAGGUUCGUGGCCCGCCCUUCUCUCGCAGUGACCACGGCUGACAUUAUUGGAGACGUUGAGGUGGCCGAUGUUUCCAUGGGAGGAGGUCCCGCUGGUCGCGCAGGAGUGAGUGCCAAGGUGGGUGAUGUUCCAACUGGUCAAGGAUCAGUGGGCGGCUCGUAUCAGCCUGCUGAAGACGCGCGCUGCGAAACACCUUAG